GCUGAAAUGCUAGAUAAUUUAGCAGAGGUAUCCAGUUUGCAGAAAUGUGCAUGAGGUAUUGCCAGGCGUCUGAAGUGGUUGACCAAGCCCUGAGGACUUGGAUCAGUGUGGUGUGUGAUGUCAAACAGUGAGCAGUCCUUGCAGCCUCCCCCGCCAGCCUUUAGCAUCAUGUGCCAGUAUGAAUAUUAAGAAAGAAAAGUGUACUUCAGAGCUCAUUAUCCCAGAAAGAAAAAAGGACAAACUAAACGGAGAGAUCAAAUGACUGCACUGCUUGCAAAACUUGGGACUGUUCACUUUUUCUCCUGAGAAAUUUCGUCUUGGCCUUUAUGAGAGAGCUGAAAGAGCAGGCAGAGCAGCCACAGUGAUUUUCUUAGGAUCCUUUUUUUUCUUCUUUAAUUUAAUUUUUCCCCCCUUGUGCCUGGAUUUUAAGACUGUCAGCUGCACUGAUCACAAGCACUGGACAUCAAUAUGUGUCAUGUCAUUGUAACAUGCCGGUCAAUGCUAUGGACUCUCCUGAGUAUUGUGGUGGCUUUUGCAGAGCUCAUUGCUUUCAUGAGUGCAGACUGGCUGAUUGGCAAAGCAAAGCCUUCAAGCUCCGAGGAUGUGGACAACAGAGCAGGGGGGUCGCAGGAGCCUUACCAUCCAACAUUGGGCAUCUAUGGGCGCUGCACCAGAAUCUCCCACAUGCAGCUUUCUAGACGAGACACGCUUUGUGGUCCUUACGCCGAAAACUUCAAUGAGAUUGCCAGUGGGUUCUGGCAGGCAACCGCUAUUUUCCUAGCCGUGGGAAUCAUGAUUCUCUGUGCCGUGGCAUUUGUGUCUGUCUUUACUAUGUGUGUGCAGAGUAUUAUGAAGAAAAGCAUUUUUAAUGUCUGUGGGCUGCUACAAGGGAUUGCAGGCCUCUUCCUUAUCUUAGGCUUGAUACUUUACCCUGCAGGUUGGGGAUGCCAGAAAGCAAUAAGCUAUUGUGGACCUUAUGCUUCCGCUUACAAACUAGGAGACUGCUCCUUGGGCUGGGCUUUCUACACAGCUAUUGGUGGCACUAUUCUGACGUUCGUCUGUGCAGUCUUCUCGGCGCAAGCUGAAAUAGCCACAUCCAGUGACAAAGUGCAAGAAGAAAUUGAAGAAGGAAAAAACCUUAUCUGCCUCCUUUAAGUCCAGUGGGGAAAAAUACCAGUGCCUGGAUGUUAAUCUGCUUUCCAUUGACUGGGCAAGCAGAUUCACUUACCCGUUUCUACCAUCUGUGUGAUUGAGCCCCAUGCAUUCCAGGCCGGAACUACUGAAAUGGUCUUUCUUCCUUGCUGGGCAAUGAGGAUCAGAGAAAGGAUCCCAAAAGCAGAAUGUAAAUACUUGGGGAUUUUUUUAGUUUCAUUCUAUAUUCAGGAGACAGUGGUAUAUAUUAAUCUGACUGGGGAGAUGUGGAAUCAUGUGUAUUUAGCAGGAAUGUUUUUGUUAUAACUGACAAAUUCUGAUUGAUCAGAUUGCCUUACCCACCUUGGUCACUUUGAAGAAUUUGGAUUUAAAAUAAUAAAAGCCAGCACAUUUUCCUUUUUUUAUAUACAGAAGCCUAUUUUAAUUAGGCUUUCUUUCCAAGGGCCCCCCCCUUGCCUGUGAAUAUUUCACCACCACCUGAUUUGGUACCAUACUUUUCAUUGAGGUGCUUUUUGAUACUGAACUUCCUUAAAGUACAGUGCCUUCUCAGAUAGUAGGUAUAUGUUGGAGAGAGCAAAGCUGACGUGGUGCAGUUUACACCAAUCUUUAAACAUUAAAAAAAUUUAGUCCCUGCCAGGUUUCCUUGUCUUAAGCUUAUAGUGCAAGGUGUGUGCCAGUUGUUACUUAGAAGGUAAAUGGUUUUGCUUCCACUGACUAGACUGUGGCUUUCACCUGACAACAUUGUUUGAAAUAACUGUUGUUAAGAAAUAUUUCUACAGCCUUUAUUAAAAUGCUUGAAAUCCCAAGCAGAUAACAAGUCUACACUGCACAGCUGGGCAUUAUCUUGAAAAUGGCAACAGCCUGGCCUGGGCUGUAGCCUCUCCUGCAACUGCAGAUCACAUGUUGGACUCCAACAGUAUUAUUCUUUCUUUUGCCAGUGAAACCUCAUUCCUAGUCUACAGAUGGGUCUGUCUCAUGACCCAGAGCCACAUGAGUCCAUAAGAAAUUUACAUUUUUUAGGAAGUCUUGCCAAAUUCUACAUGGCUGGGAAGACAGUUUUACUUUUUUUAAAAAACCGCAUGUAGUACGGACCCCUUUCCAACUAAAUCAGCAGAAAUUAAAGAGGGCUUGCCACAAAUGACAUUCCUUUCUGAAAGGCAGUUGGUUGUAUUACUUGUAGUGUUGCAUCACUUACUAGAACUACUCCUGAAAACAAAUUUUAAAGGUAUUUUGAAAAACAAAGGAGGGAUGCAACAGUGCCAUAGGAGCAUGGGGGAUAAUUCAUCUGAAAAGUAGUUCUAAUGAAAUACUAAGUGAAUUUUAGACUCUUCUUACUUCUUGGUAGUUUAGCAUCAUCCAGUGACAGUGUUGCUCUGUCACUUCACUGUGUAAUAUGGAGCAGAAGUUCUUGUUUAUGCCUGGCCCGUUCCUUGAAGUGUGCCACUAGUUAUCUAUAGGCAUUCAAAAACGGUUGUCACCGUGCAGGUAGAUGGCCGGUUUCGGCACGCUGCUCACGGCGCUCGCAGUCCGAGAG